CUUCAAUCCCGAACAUGUGUGAUUGUUGACAAAAAAUCUGAAAUAUUUUCAAUAUUUCUUAAAAAAAUUAAUUUGCACCUAAUUUACUGACGAUUUUAAAUAUUAAUCCAUUAGAAUGGAUUUGGACGAUAUUGAGGACAUUGUGAAACCCGGAGAUUUAAAGCCGAGUGAUCGAUAUAGCAAUAAAAAGAAUGUUGUUUUACGUGUGAGGAGAAAAAACAACAAAGUUGAUGGAAAUGAGAAUGAAAUACAUGAAAACGGAGAGCACCAAAGCAUCAUCAGCGGAACACAAACAAUUUACGUAAAAACUUGGGGAUGUUCGCAUAAUAAUUCCGACAGUGAAUACAUGGCUGGUCAACUAGUGAAAUUUGGGUAUAGCUUAACUAAUCAAAAGGAUAAAGCUGAUUUGUGGCUUUUAAAUUCAUGCACAGUAAAGAAUCCAUCAGAAGAUACAUUCAGGAAUGACAUUCAAAGUGGUCUUAAUGUUGGCAAGAAAGUAGUCGUCGCUGGAUGCGUACCACAAGGAGGUGCUUCAAAACAGGAAUAUAUGAAAGGAUUAAGUAUUGUUGGUGUCAAUCAAAUUGAUCGAGUUGUUGAAGUAGUUGAGGAAACACUGAAAGGAAAUACAGUCAAGUUGUUGCAAGCUAAGAAAGUUGAUGGGAAACGUCGUCCUGGUCCAUCAUUGCUGUUGCCGAAAAUCAGGAAGAAUCCACUUGUUGAAAUUAUUCCUAUUAAUUCUGGAUGUCUUAAUCAAUGCACAUAUUGUAAGACUAAGCAUGCAAGAGGUGAUUUAGUAUCAUAUCCACCAGAAGAGAUUGUCCAGCGUGCUAAAGAUGCUUUUGAGGAAGGUGUCGUUGAAUUAUGGCUAACAUCUGAAGACACUGGAACUUAUGGACGUGACAUUGAUUCCUCAUUACCAGAAUUGCUGUAUAAGCUUGUCGAAGUUAUUCCUGAAGGCUGCAAAAUGAGGAUUGGGAUGACAAAUCCUCCGUACAUUCUUGAACAUCUUGAGGCUGUUGCUGACAUUUUAAAUCAUUCUCGUGUCUAUAGCUUCCUUCAUGUUCCAGUUCAGGCAGGAUCUGAUUCCGUCCUUGGUGAAAUGAAGCGUGAAUAUUGCAUAGCUGAAUUUGAGAAGAUUGUAGAUUAUUUAAAGGAGAAAGUUCCAGGCGUAACAAUUGCGACUGAUAUAAUUUGUGGAUUUCCUACAGAAACGCCAGCUGAUUUUGAGGAAACUAUGACACUAUGUGCUAAGUACAAGUUUCCAUCGCUGUUUAUUAAUCAGUUCUUCCCAAGACCAGGCACGCCAGCAGCUAAUAUGAAGCGUAUUCCACCAAAUGAAGUCAAACAGCGAACGAAAAAGUUAACAGACUUAUUUUAUACGUACGAACCAUACAGCAAUAGAAUUGGCAUGGAAUAUGAGGUUCUUGUGACUGAAAUAUCGCAUGAUAAGAAGCAUUAUGUCGGUCAUAAUAAAUUUUAUGAGCAAAUCUUAUUGCCGAUGCGAGAGAAUCUCUUAGGAAAGUCGGUAACCGUCAAGGUCAUUAGUUCCACAAAGUUCAGUAUGAUGGCUGAGAUCAUCAAUAGUGAGGAUGAAUGGAAGAAGGUCAAUGAGAAUGUUAAGGAGGAUCUGUUGAAUAAUCAAAACAUUGGAAAUGGAUUCGUUCAUGACAGCAAUUUUAUUGAGACAAAUGGCGAGGCAACAAAUUCAAUUACAGCAUCUAAAAGAAAUGAUAAAUUGUUCUUGUUCAGUCUCAUCCUUUUGGGAUUCUCGCUUGUCAUUAAAUUUUAUUUGGAAUAUAAAAAGCGCUCGACUAAGGACGAGUAAGAGCUGUAUUUUAUUGUUUUUAAUGAAUUUGAAUAAAUUAAAUGAAAUUCAAC